UUGCUGGGAAGGCUGGUCAUCGGUCGGUCGAUCGAUCGAGAGAAUAAAAAAUGGAGCCGAGUCGUGGAGUGCUGGCUUUCGCUCCUCGCCAGCUCUGCUUCCUCACACACGAUCAUUCAAAAUUCUGAUUUUCUUUUCUCCUCGGAUCUAAUAUCUUGGCCCUUUGAAUUUCGCUGUUGGAGUUCCGGUUCGGUACUCUUGUAAAUCGAGGUGAGAGUGAGAAUUCUGUACUUAUUAUGGCUACGGCGAAGACAGCUCGGUCCAGGGGCUCGACGGUGAUGGUGAAGGAGAACGGCGUGAAACUCGAGGAGGGUCUCGGUGUCUUCAAGUCCGAUAAAUUUGACGCCGAUGCCUUCGUCCAGUCCCGCUGCUCUCUCAAUGAGAAGGAUCUACAGAAAUUAUGUUCAUACCUUUUGGAUCUGAAAAAAGCUUCUGCUGAGGAAAUGCGCAGAAGCGUCUAUGCUAACUAUGCUGCCUUCAUACGCACAUCAAAAGAGAUAUCAGAUUUAGAGGGGGAACUUUUUUCCAUCAGAAACCUGCUAUCUACUCAGGCUGCUUUAAUUCAUGGUUUAUCUGAGGGAGUCCACAUUGAUUCCAUAUCUAUCUCUGUUUCAGAAGGUUCUGCAGUUAAUAAUUUAUUGAUUUCAGAAGACAGAGAACCUUCAGAACUGGAGAAAUGGUUAAUAGAAUUCUCUGAUAUCUUAAAUGUUCUGUUAGCUGAGAGGAGAGUGGAUGAAGCUUUGGCUGCCCUUGAUGAAGGAGAGUGUGUAGCUUCUGAAGCAAAACAAAUGAAAACGCUGACCCCGGCUAUGCAAAUGCAUUUACAGACGUCUAUUAUUGAACUCAGGCAAAAGUUAGCUGAUCAGCUGGCUGAAGCUGCUUGCCAGCCUUCUACACGUGGUGGUGAACUUCGUGCCGCCAUAUCAGCUCUGAAAAAGCUUGGGGAUGGUCCUCGUGCUCACAGUUUGCUACUUAAUGCACAUUUACAAAGAUAUCAGUAUAAUAUGCAAAGCCUUCGACCAUCAAGCACCUCAUAUGGAGGAGCAUAUACUGCUGCUCUCUCACAGCUUGUGUUCUCCGCUAUUGCUCAAGCUGCAAGCGACUCGUUUGCCAUUUUUGGUAAGGAACCAGCUUAUACUUCUGAGCUUGUGAUGUGGGCUACAAAGCAAACAGAGGCUUUUGCUCUUCUUGUUAAAAGACACGCAUUAGCUUCGUCAGCAGCAGCUGGAGGUUUAAGAGCUGCUGCUGAGUGUGUUCAAAUAGCAUUAGGUCAUUGUUCAUUGUUGGAAGCUCGUGGUUUGGCUCUUUGUCCUGUACUCUUGAAGCUCUUUAGGUCCAGCGUUGAACAAGCACUAGAUGCUAAUUUAAAAAGAAUUCAAGAGAGCACUGCUGCUCUGGCUGCUGCUGAUGAUUGGAUACUCACUCACCCUCCAACAGCUACACGUCAAUCUGGCAGGUCUUCAAGUACAUCCCUUGGUAAUGCAAUGGCAUUUCAACAUAAACUUACAACCAGUGCCCAUCGGUUCAAUUUGAUGGUCCAGGAUUUCUUCGAGGAUGUGGGACCACUGCUAAGUAUGCAAUUAGGAGGUCAAACACUGGAAGGUUUGUUUGAAGUAUUUAACUCAUAUGUGAGCAUGCUCAUGAAGGCAUUACCAGGUUCAAUGGAGGAAGAGGCAAGCUUUGAAGGUUCUGGAAAUAAAAUUGUCCAAAUGGCAGAGACUGAAGCUCAGCAGAUUGCAUUGCUAGCAAAUGCAUCAUUAUUAGCAGAUGACCUACUUCCACGUGCAGCCAUGAAACUGUCUCCUGCCAAUCAGUCUACUUAUAAUGGUGAUACUCGUAGAGAAAGGCAGAACCGUCAUCCUGAGCAAAGAGAAUGGAAAAAGCGACUUGUGAGUUCGGUUGACAGAUUAAAGGAUACAUUUUGUCGACAGCAUGCUUUAGACCUCAUUUUUACUGAAGAAGGUGAAAGCCAUCUUACUGCCGACAUGUACAUGAAUAUGGAUGGAAAUAUGGAUGAAUUUGAGUGGUUUCCCUCACCAAUAUUCCAGGAACUAUUUGUAAAACUGAAUAGAAUGGCUAGUAUAGCAGCAGAGAUGUUUGUUGGCAGAGAAAGAUUUGCCACGUUGCUAUUGAUGAGACUUACAGAAACUGUCAUCUUGUGGCUGUCAGAUGACCAGAGCUUUUGGGAUGAUAUUGAGGAAGGCCCUAAGCUGUUAGGAUCUCUUGGUCUACAACAGUUUUAUUUGGACAUGAAGUUUGUCAUAUGUUUUGCUUCCCAAGGUCGCUACUUGUCUAGGAAUUUGCAUCGAGUUGUCAAUGAGAUCAUAUCAAAAGCCAUGGCAGCAUUUGCUGCAACAGGGAAGGAUUCUUAUAGCGUACUACCGGAAGAUGACUGGUUUAAUGACAUUUGUCAAGAAGCAAUUGAAAGAUUGAGUGGAAAACCAAAAGCCAUCAAUGGAGAUCGAGAACUCAACAGCCCAACUGCAUCUAUUUCAGCACAGUCAAUAUCAUCUGUGAGAUCUCAUGGGAGCUCUUGAUGCACAGUUGCAUCCUUAUUAAACUAGACUGCAGAAGAAUCUGUUUGUAGAUGUGUUAAUGGGGGUCGUUCUAGUGGUUGUAAGCUCUUUUUUCUCUCUAUUUUUAUUUUCGUGCCUAAUUUUUGUUCAUCUACCUCAUAUUUUCUAGAUUUUUAUAAGCUGAUGUGCAUGGUUGUGUGGUGCCAA